AUGGUGCCGAUUAACCUGAGUUCGAGUGACAUUUUUGCUGGAACUGAAUUGCCGGAAAACCUGUCCGAUAUUGACUUACCCAAGGGCGAUCCAGUGAUUCCUGAUGAGAUAAACUUUGAAAGUAUGGCUGAUGAGUGCAACGAGAUGACGGGACUGCCUGACAAAAAGGUGUCAUCGUCUGGCGGGAGAGGGAAACAAACGAGCAAGACUAACAUUGCGUCUCCGAGAGCCUGCCCAUCCAAAUUAAAAGUGGAGAUCAAUUCGAACUGGAACCUCUCGAAUGUUUUUGUUGACGUCCUUGAUGCUCGUAUGCAAGGCAAUAAAUCCGAAGAAUAUCAGCCCGAACCGUUGGUUAAGACCGGAGAAGAGUCUCGGGCAGCACUGGAAGCCCAAGCACAUGUCAGACAAGCCCAACUCACGGGAAAAGCCAACCAACAACAGCCAAUCGCAAUGUCUUGUCAAUGUUCUAAUCCAGCGUGCUGCCUUAAAAUGAUAAAAAGCCAAGCCUCUUUGCCUAAGGUAGGAGCAUCGACAUACGUUGCAUCUGUGGAGCCUGAUCGCUCCGAAUGCAUGAUUAUGACGAGAGAUCGUGGAGCGACACCUGUGCAGUACAACAGCAGGCAGUCACAUGUUCCAACAGUCAUCCCGCCAGCUUCAUCUCACCAUGUCCGUGAGAUUAUGACUAUGAAGGCAUCUAACACUUCCCAGCAGCGGAGUAGAGAAAAUAGUUUUUUCAAGUUGGAGAAAGUAGGACAGCAGAGAUCUAGUGAUCAACACAGUGGUGUGGAAAAGCAAGCGUUUUCAAUGGCAUCCCCAAUGUCAAUGACGGUACGCGCACUGGGAAAA